AUGGAGAUCGUAACCGAAUCUCCGGCAGCAGAACAGCCCUUCGAAAUGGGACAAGAUGGCGAUCUGGUGGUGCCGGAAAGACUGAUCUCAGAUUGGAUUGAGAUGGCUCUGUUGGGAAUGAUGAUCACAAUCGGAGCGCCUUUGAAUGCGAUGACUUUAUUUAGGCUUGAAAGACAGCUAAGGAAACAGAAAAGUUCAGCGAGGACAAAGGUGAGGAUGACAUUAUUCAGGAAGCUCGUGCAUAUUUAUGAGGGACCUUUAUGUCACUCAUUACUCUUUGUUUAUCAGCACUUUUACAAUUACAUCCUAAUGAUAUUAUACUUUCAGCAAGAGGCUGCCCGAACUUCCUUCACAUGGCUAAAGAUUCAUUUGACGGUCAUUGAUCUGAUUGUAAUCCUAAUCUAUUGUCCAUCUCAUAUUGGUUGGCUGAUCAGUUACACUUGGAAUGGCGGAGAGUUUAUGUGUAAGGCAGUGCAGUAUGCCUGGGACUUUUGUUUCCAUUUAAUGUCCUUUGGAGUUGUCGGAAUUGCUGUGGAUCGAUUGCGGACGGUAUAUCGACUAAUGCACAUGGAAAAAAAUGGACAGAGGUCGUCGAUCCGACCGAACGAUCAGCUCCGAUUUGUUAGAGUAAGUUUUUUUUAUGUUUAUGGUAUAAAAUUACAUAUUUAUCUGACAUUCUCCCCCAUAAAAACAUCCCCUUUCCCUUCUGCACGAUGCAUUUCCUCCCUCUCCAAGUUUUUUCUCAUGAACCGUGCAUUAGUAUUAACCUUAGUCCUUAUCGGCGUAUCUUUCAGUGCCAUCCAAUUAUUUUAUUUUCCCCGAUUUUCUCGAAUUUCUUUUAAACGCAACUUUCCAAACUUUUGGUGAGGAAAACGAGAAUAAAAAGAUAAAUAAUUAAGUAGUCGGGGCUCCGAUUUCAUUGAGGGGGAGGCCAAAUUACAACAUCACUUGUACUUUAACAAACUUUUAAAACCCAAGCGCUGUUUAUGGCUGGCCACGCCAGUAUCAAAUUUAAAGAUUAAAAAAAUACAUACUAUAAGAAAAUAAAAUCAAAAAAAAAAUCAAAAACAUGGUCCGACGUGACAUCCACAGGUAGUAAUGCCGCAAUUUUCAGAGACUGAUCAUGUUUUGUUACAUGGGCGCAGCCAUGUUUUCGGUUCCCCAAUGGUUUGUUUGGACGACUGUGGAUAUGAAAACUUGGAGUCAGUGUACUACAAUCUGGCAUAAACUCAGAGCUCUUCAAUAUUUACAUAAUCAGGAGAUUGCUGUAAGUUUUUGACCCUAUAUUUGCGCAAAAAUUAUAUUGUAGUAAGACUAAUCGUGACUUUAUUUUAGGAGAGUUAUAUUGGCGAGAGAUUGUACACCAUGUUCCAUUUGUUGACCGUUUUCUGGUUCCCUUUUAUCAUCCUGUUCGUCGCCUAUCUCUACAUUGUUGUGUAUCUAUUUUGUUAUUCAUUGCGGCCAUAUUCAAUAUCAACGGGACCAGGGACUUUGUUCAGAAUGGGAUCCGAAACUGACUCUAAUUUGAAGUAAGUUGCGUUUACUUUUCAAUCAAAUAAAAUUUAAAUUUCAUGAUAAUUUCUUAAUUUCAGCCUCAACCUUUGGCAAAAUGCCGGAACCCCUCCAAAUUCGUGUCUGAAUGGCUCCACCAAGACCAGCCUGACCACUACACCCACCCAAGCUCCUGCCUGGAGAACGGAGAUGAGGUCGAAGAUGUUUCGGACCACCGUCUACGUCAUCGCCGCCUACCUCAUCUGCUGGAUGCCCUACAAUGUCCUGGCCCUGGCCACUUUCUUCUCCGGCGAACUCCAGAUUCUGAUCUCCAUGCAUCUGGAGCUGAUCCGCGUCUGUGUUCUCCUCAACACCGUUCUCAAUCCCUUCAUCUACGGCUUCCGGGACAGCAAUUAA